CGGCCCCACAGCCUGCCCACCAUUCGGUCGCGCGCCGGCCGCGGCGACAUGGGGGGCUGCUGAGAGCGGACGUUUUUCUCUCUGGCACCACCUACGGCCACUGGCCUCUGGCCUCUGGCCAGCAAGCCUCGGGCACCUCUGGCCCCCAGUCCGGCGCCUGGCACGGCCCUCCGUUCUGCUCCUCCGGCUCUGAGCAUCGUGUCCCCGCCCCCCCCGCCCGCGCCUGGGACACCUGGGUCCCCCGGCGGCCCCUAGGAGAGGGGCGGGGGGGGCAUGAAGCCACUGGAGAAAUUUUUGAAGAAGCAGACGUCGCAACUGGCCGGGCGAACGGUGGCGGGAGGUCCCGGCGGGGGUCCGGGGAGCUGCGGUGGGCCCGGAGUUGGUGGGGGAUCCGGCGGGGGCAGCGGUCCGACAGGGGGACCGCGGCCACUGCAGCGGCGGCAGAGCGUGUCGCGCCUGCUUCUCCCAGCUUUCCUCCGGGAGCCCCCCGCCGAGCCGGAGCUGGAGCCGCCAGCCGAGGAGGAAGCGGGAGAGCUGGCGGGGGUCGCGGAGGAGCCGGGCAGCGGGGGACCCUGUUGGCUGCAGCUCGAGGAGGUGCCGGGCCCUGGGCCGCUCGGGGGCGGGGGUCCCUUGCGCUCCCCGUCCUCGUACUCCUCGGACGAGCUGUCCCCGGGCGAGCCCCUAACUCCGCCGCCCUGGGCCCCCCUGGGCGCCCCCGAGCGGCCGGAGCAUCUUCUGCACCGGGUUCUGGAGCGGCUGGCCGGAGGGGCCACCAGGGACAGCGGCGCAUCAGAUAUCCUGCUGGAUGACAUCGUCCUCACACACUCGCUCUUCCUCCCAACGGAGAAAUUCCUGCAGGAGCUCCACCAGCUCUCCUUCGUUCGGGCGGGGGGCAUGGAGGGCCGAGAGGGGCUGGGCCGGAAGCAGGCCUGUCUAGCUAUGCUCCUCCAUUUCCUGGACACCUUCCAGGGCCUGCUGCAAGAGGAAGAGGGGGCCGGCCACAUCAUCAAGGACCUGUACCUGCUAAUUAUGAAAGAUGAGUCCCUUUACCAGGACCUCCGAGAGGACACACUGAGGCUGCACCAGCUUGUGGAGACGGUGGAGCUGAAGAUUCCAGAGGACAGCCAGCCGCCCAGCAAGCAGGUGAAGCCCCUCUUCCGUCACUUCCGCCGGAUAGACUCCUGUCUGCAGACCCGAGUGGCCUUCCGGGGCUCUGACGAGAUUUUCUGCCGGGUCUACAUGCCCGACCACUCCUACGUGACCAUCCGCAGCCGCCUCUCAGCGUCUGUGCAGGACAUCCUGGGCUCUGUGACCGAGAAACUGCAGUACUCGGAGGAGCCCGCGGAGCGGGAGGAGUCCCUCAUCCUGGUAGCUGUGGCCUCCUCGGGAGAGAAGGUCCUUCUCCAGCCCACUGAGGACUGCGUUUUCACCACGCUGGGCAUCAACAGCCACCUGUUUGCCUGUACCCGGGACAGCUAUGAAGCCCUGGUGCCUCUCCCAGAGGAGAUCCAGGUGUCCCCUGGAGACACGGAGAUCCACCGAGUGGAGCCCGAGGACGUUGCCAACCACCUUACAGCCUUCCACUGGGAGCUGUUCCGCUGUGUGCACGAGCUGGAGUUCGUGGACUACGUGUUCCACGGGGAGCGCGGCCGCCGGGAGACGGCCAACCUGGAGCUGCUGCUGCAGCGCUGCAGCGAAGUCACGCACUGGGUGGCCACCGAGGUGCUGCUCUGCGAAGCCCCGGGCAAGCGCGCGCAGCUGCUCAAGAAGUUCAUCAAGAUCGCAGCCAUCUGCAAGCAGAACCAGGACCUGCUCUCCUUCCUCGCUGUGGUCAUGGGGCUGGACAACGCCGCCGUCAGCCGCCUGCGGCUCACCUGGGAGAAGCUGCCGGGGAAAUUCAAGAACUUGUUCCGCAAAUUCGAGAACCUCACAGACCCCUGCAGGAACCACAAAAACUACCGCGAAGUGAUCUCCAAAAUGAAGCCCCCCGUCAUUCCCUUUGUGCCUCUGAUCCUCAAAGACCUGACAUUCCUGCAUGAGGGGAGUAAGACCCUUGUAGACGGCUUGGUGAACGUUGAGAAGCUGCAUUCAGUGGCCGAGAAAGUGAGGACAAUCCGUAGAUACCGGAGCCGGCCCCUCUGCCUGGACAUGGAGGCGUCCCCCCAUCACCUGCAGACCAAGGCCUAUGUGCGCCAGUUCCAGGUCAUCGACAACCAGAACCUCCUCUUCGAGCUCUCCUACAAGCUGGAGGCUAACAGUCAGUGAGCACGCAGAAGCUGCCGCUCCCACGCCCGCCGGGCUCUGGGGGCAGCUGGCACUCAGGCACUUUGCUCGAUAUCCCGACCCACAGUUGGACCUCCUCCCCACCCCACGGGAAGAGCUGGACAGACCGCCCCUAGGCCCCCAAGCCUGUCCCUCCUGCCGAAGUCCUCACCCCCUGCCCCGUUCAACCCCGCGUGGCAGUGGCCCCGUGCAAGGUGGCAGGGCCCCCUCCUCCAGCCCUCCCGUUGAGGAUGGUUCCGGGGAAGGAGUUCCGGCUGCUUCCACAGCGGGAAGGGCAGCAGGUGCCUCUCAGAGCAGGCCUGUGGCAGUGCUGCCUGGCCUUCGUCUCCACCAGCUGUCCGGCUCCGCUGGUCAGGGCUGUGAGCCCCUGGAACACGACGUCACCCUGUGUGUGUGUGUGUGUGUGUGUAUCUGCACCCCCUUUUAGGGAACAGGAGCGUGUCUGGUACUUGAGGGAGCGUAUUGUGUGUGCUGGGGGAGAUUUCCUUCUGUUUGGUGCUACCCUUGUCUGCCAUGCCCCUGGGACCAGGCAGGUACUCCCCCACCCCGCCACUCCCUGCCAGCCUCCUCCUGCUGCCCUGCAAGCCCAGUCUUGUGGGCCAAGCGGCUCCCCAGGGCAGGGAGCAGCAGCAGGUGGGCGGGGCUACCCAUCAGUCCUUGCGAGCCCCCCCUCAGGCCUCCUGAAGGUCCCUGAUGGGUAAAAGAUGCUCAGGGAAACACGGGCCUAUCUGCCAGUAGCACGAUCCCUCUGCCUGGCAGUAGGGUGCAGCAGUAUCAGGAGCCUGUCGCCCUCACUCCUACUUUUUCGAGUGUCUCACUGCUAGGGAGGGAGUUGCUUGCUUGUGUCUGGUGCCAAGAGUGUGGUCUCUGCUCUUCUCCCUUCCCAACUCCCCCUUUGUCCCCCCCCCCAGAGUGGGGGUGGGGCGGAUCCAUGUUCCUGGGGCAGGCAGCCCCACCCCCGCAGAAGUGGGGGAUGAACACUGGAGUCUGCUGAGGCCUUGAUUACCUCUCUGUCUCCCCUCCCUCUCCCCCUCCCAUCGUGGGCCUCUAGGGUUGAGGGGUGCAGGGCUCCUGGCAGCUACUGGGUGAGGUUCCUGGUGCAGCCUCACUCUCCGUUCUGGCACCCCCUCUUUCCCUUCUGAAGAAGCCACAGCAAGAGCAGCUGCGCUCCACGCUGAGGGUUGUAUAUAUUUUGUAUCCAAAGCUCUGGAAUUGUACAUUUAUUUUUUAAACCUCAAAGAGGGAAAGAGCCUUGUAUCAUAUGUAAAAAGUGUAUCAUAGGCUACAUUGUACAGUCCCUUCUACCCAGCAGUCUGUUUUGUCUACAGACAGGCGCUGUGUCCAGCCCCCUCCAGUCCUCACAGUGCCCACGGCCCCUCCUGCUCUCUGCCUCUUCCCUGCAACUGCGAUGCAUCUCCUCUCCCUGCAGCCCCAGACUUCCCGCCCCUGGUCCUGACCCCUCUCAGCAGCUUCUCCAUCCCGCUCCCUUGAGCCCCCUCGAAUCCUGAGACCUGCUGGCCCAGUCUUGGCUGCUGCUUGCCCCUAGCCUUGACGCCUGUCCUGCCACCUCCCAGGGUCCCCACUCCCCACCCCGCCCCUGUCCCUGCCCCCUGCCCCACAGCUUUACCAGAGUGAACCGUGUGUAUUGUACAGGUUGUCCUUGCACACACUGCUGGCUGGAGAAGCAGCCGAUAAAGCCUAUGAGUCAACCUGCCUGCUCUUCUCCAUUCUGCUUCUUUGAGGCUGGGGAAGGGGAAGAGGGGCUGGCCUCCCAAUGCUCAGGGCCGGCUUGCAGGGCUCUUCUGGAGUGACCUUGGCCAUGUGGUGAGAGGAAAGCAUGUCAGCAUCACAGACGCUUCCCUAAGUGCCUGGAACCUGGCAGAGUACGCACCUUUGCACCUUCGUUUGGGUUGCAUAAACAGGUGAUCAUUUUAAUUCUCACUUAGGGCGAGAGAGAAAGAGGGAGCAGAACUGGUACCCUAACCAGGUCUGUCUGCUGCAGACAGCAUGCAAGUUCCCACAACCAAUACUUCCACUUCCACUAAGAUAGGAGGCACAGAGAACCUAGCAUUAGGCUCUAAUAGCAGUCUAAGCUCCAGUGACGUCAGAGAUCAAAUAGCUACCUGGGAGCCCUUGAUCUUCACCGGUCCUGGGUCUUUUCCUCCCUUAAUCUCUCAUCCACCUAGAUUUCCAAGGCAAAACCUAGGAUUCACCCUAGAUGCUUCUUUCCUCCUAUCCUCACCGAUCACGUUAGCCAGGCCCAUUGGCUACAGUUCUAGAUCGUAUCCUGCUCAGUCCACUUCUCUGUGCCCACUCGCAUCCAGGCCUUCCUGUCUUCCCUGGAUGACUACACUGGCCUCCCACCAGGUCCCCCAGCUUCCUCUCUCCAACCCAGCCCUCCUCACUAUCAGUUGAGUUGCCAGAUUGCAACCAGGGUGGUGCGGGGUGAGCAUUUGGCCUAGAGGUUAAGAAACCCAUAUCUCAUACCAAGCCAGGUUUAAAAGCUGCCUCCAGCUCCUAACUCCAGCUUCCUGCCAGUGCAGACCCUGGAGGCAGUGGUGAUGGCCCAAAUAAGUGGAUUCCUGCCGCCUGCACACCCACAUGAGACAGCUGGGUUGUGUCCGGCUUUAGCCUCUACCCAUCCCCUGCCAUUGCAAGCGUAUGGGUUGUGAACCAGCAGAUGAGAGCUCUCUGUCUACCCAUAUGUUUAUUUUGUUCUGUCUUUCUGCUUCUCAAAUAAAUAAAUAUUAAAAUAAAAAAAAAAACCUUAGUGCUGAUGUCAUGGCACAGGGGGUUAAGCCACCAGCUGUGAUGCCAGCUUCUCCUAUUUUUUUUUAUUAUUUAUUUAUUUGAAAGUCAGAGUUACACAGAGGAGAGAGAGAGAGAGAGAGAGAGAGAGAGAGAGAGAGAGAGAGAGAGAGAUGGCUGCAAUGGCCGGAGCUGCGCUGAUCCAAAGCCAGGAGCCAGGAACUUCUUCUGGGUCUCCCACGUAGGUACAGGGGCCCAAGCAGUUGGGCCAUCUUCCAUUGCUUUCCCAGGCCAUAGCAGGGAGCUGGAUUGGAAGAGGAGCAGCCAGGACUAGAACCAGCGCCCAUAUGGGAUGCUGGUGCUUCAAGCCAGGGCAUUAACCAGCUGAGCCACAGCACCGCACCCCCCAGCUUCCCCUAUGUUUCAAGUACUGGCUGCUCUGCUUCUGAUCCAGCUCCAUACUAAUGAGCCUGAGAAAGUAGUAGAAGAUGGUCCAAGUCCUUGGGCCCCUGCCACCCAUGUGGGAGACCCUGAAGGAGUUUCUGGCUCCUCACUUCAGCCUAGCCCAGCCCCAACCA